ACAUUACCACAAGAUUUCUGUAACAAUACAUUCAUCUCAAGUGUGUUUCGGUUGAGACACGAGCUCUUCAUCGAGAGUCACAGCGGAGACAAAGUGCAUAACCUCUGGAAGUGGAACUCAACCAUUAGGACAGACACCUCCUCGGCCUCUGAGCCCUUAGACUUCUUCGACACCGCAAUACUUCCGUCACAUCCGACGGAUAGUAUCACUGGAUUUGCGAUUGACCUAGAUCGUCGGGUAGACGUGUGCAAAAAUUAUGGCCAUCUAUUCAAUGUCAGUCAAUUGAAAGCCUGCGAUCUAUACGACGGCGCCCGUAAUGAGUCGGACACUAAUAUGUUAAAUACACUGAAUACUCAAACACCAGACCCGACCCGCGCUUAUGUAGUCAAAUACCGGAGUCUGGAGAACACGUUUACGGCACCCGAUUGUAACCAAACCGAUGACAAGUGUAUUGUGGCGUCCAUUCACUCCAAACCUUACGAUCAUUUGCGCGACUUUUGCCUCAAUUUUAUUGACAGUACAUUCGCGCCGAAGUAUAGCCACGAAAACCGGUCACUCGUGUCCAUCAGUAUAGACAACGAAAGUUAUAGAAACGCCUCAAAUGUUGCCGUUUUUAAACGGGAAAUGACCGGUAAAUCGAUACCCAAUCCUUUUAACAUGACUUACGCCGACGAUAGAGGAGUGGACACAAAGCACCUGGACUUAGACACCGAUGAAAGCGUACAUUUGUUGGUGGACUUCGGCGACGACUAUCCCCUGUUUGGUUGUCCGCAAAACUGUGUACUAAACUCCACGUUAACUAACAUCACAAUCGAUGAGAACAACAUAACACCGGCGUUUCAUUUGGCGAUAUUUUUUCGUUGCGUUGAAAAGCGGGUGCCGUUCACUCCAUACGACUUUUUGGGUUGGGAUCUGAUUCUGAGACGAGACACAAGGUUUUGGAGAUCACAAUACAUGCGUUACACCGAAAAGGCCUACCCUUACGACACGUUUGGCCAAAACAGUUUUGAUGACAUAUUCGGGUUUACAUACAAAUCCAAAGACCAAUUCCCGUGCGAUAAGACAAAUACUGGUUGUUUGAGAGCCUUUGUCAACACUAAAUUUCAUCAUAGCGUGUGUUUAUACGGACACAAUCAUAAGAUGCCAACGGGUGGACACAUAUUCAACAUCAAUAACAUGACAAUCGGUGCCUUUGUAUACAAAUGGGAUGGACUCGUGGUUUCCAAGUAUGGCGACAAUGAGGAGCACAACAGGUUUUGCACAGACAUUGCCAGAGAAAUAAACUCGUUGUCCGCCGGAUCUGCUAAUCACAGGUUUGUGGCGAUGACUGCCUAUACAGAGGGCAGUGCAGCCAAUCUUCACAAUAACCUGAUUGUGGCCAUCGAUAGCGGCGGACAAAGCGAUUAUCAUAUCUAUCAGUUUAACUGGACGUACGAUCGGUUGCCGAUCGCACAGUCGGCCGCUGCUAACGGCAUACCCGGCACAGGGUUUACCAAACAGAUGAUACGCCUAGACAUCCAAUCAAUAGUACCCUCGUCCAGGUUGAACUCCCUGUACCACUACAACAAUACUAUGAUUAGUUAUGUGCAAAUUGGCAAUAAAUCAGAUUUUACAACAAACGAUGAAUUGAAUUGGUCUGAAAUGGUCUCAUGUCCGGCAAAAUACAUGACAUAUCCAGUGAUCAGUAGCUAUACUGAAGGCGUGUGUAAAGUGAACAGAGAGUAUGACAGCCGUCAGAGUAUUUUCAAUAUCGGUAAACGACUAUACCAUCAAACGGGCCGUCAUUUCUAUUACUACGAUAGAGAUGUCCACACCUUUCUCUAUGAUAGACAUGUCACUCAACUUUUGGCCACUUAUUUCGAUACAAGGAAUCGGUUGACCGGCUUUUCACUCGACAUAAAUCACAUUAAACCAAACAAUUUUGGCUUUUAUUACGUGAUAAUUCACGGCAAGAGUAGUCACGCGUACCGAGAGUUAGGCCAAUAUAUAUACGGACUGUUUCUAUACAGCAAUAGUUACGGUCUGGGAGUUCCCAUCCGAGUACUGAUGCCAUUGUUUAAUAUGCCCACAAGUUUGCACCAUUGGUUUGGGCCCGACCUCAACAGCCCUAACCCCAACUUUUACUAUCAAUUGGUGUUCGCGUGGUAUCGCACACGUGAUAAGACUUUCCACAUCUAUAAUAUGCCCACCGUUUCAACCAAGACGUUGGUCGCGGUGCUUAGAAAUCAGAUCCCGUGGCUCCGAGUGUUCGCACCGUUUAUGCCGUCGACGGCCGACGGGAAGGCCUAUACCUACGAGUUCUACGACACGCGGUAUUUAGAGUUUGAUAAAGUGGUCGGCAUUUACUUAGACUUCGAGGAAAAUACUGAUAAAAAAUCGCCGCAUUUGGUCGCCAACUAUCGCGUCGAUGAGAAAUCAUAUUUAUAUGAUUACGAUAUGCUUGACUGGGAUCGCCAUGAGGUCAUGAACUUAACAAUGAUCAAGACAAAAAUUAAAUAUUUAGAGACUUAUUGUCGCGGAAAUGAAAGUAAACAUAAGUCAAACAUUUCGGAGUCAAACAUAUUGUCAUAUAUUGUGGCAAUACUUGUGUUGAUUCUGAUUGUGUCGACAAUUAUUGUCGCUUUCAUUGCCUAUCGAUUCAAUGGUAGACAACAAUCAAAAGCAAAGGACUAUCAAAACAAUGCGAAUAACGGAUCCGAAGUCCAAACUAAUACAAGAAUACCCAAAAAGUAG